AUGGCUGCCGCAACAACUGCACAGGCCGCCCACGACGCCCCGUUGCCCUGGUGGCAGCGUCUGCGCUGGCGGCAGACGUCGCACGCCGAGGGUGUGCAUGUGGAGCGGCGCCUGCUGGACCUGCUGUCACACGGCGGCUAUGAGCAGCACGACGUCAAGGUGGGCCCCGGCAAGCAGGACUUCAUCCACACCGUGACCGGGGGGCAGGCCAACACCGCCUCCCCCGCCUUUGUGGCGGUGCCUGGCUACGGCAGCGGCAGCUCCUUCCUCUUCAAGGCGAGUUGGCCGACAGGAGGGCUGUUUGACGGCCUCAGCUCCAGCUUCCGCCUCUUUGCUGUGGACAUGCUGGGCACAGGGCUGUCGGGGCGGCCGCCGUUCCGGGCGCGCAGCACCGCGGAGGCCGAGGCGUUUUUCGUGACGUCCCUGGAUGCGUGGCGGAGGGAGCAGGGGCUGGACAAGAUGGUGCUCAUGGGGCACAGCAUGGGAGGGUACCUGUCGGCCUGCUACGCGAUGAAGCACCCGGAGCACGUGCAGCACCUGAUCCUUAUGUGCCCAGCGGGGGUGGGCAGGAAGCCCGAGGACUGGCAGCCACCAGAGGUGCUCCGCAACCCGUGGACCGUGCGCGGCCAGCUGUUCAGGUUUGCGACGCGCGUGUGGGACUGGGGCGUCACCCCCGGCUCCAUCGUGCGCUGCAUGGGCCCCUGGGGCCCGGGCAUGGCCUCCAAGUACUGCCGCUCCCGCUUCACGCGCCAGCAGCAGCUGACCGAGGAGGAGGUUGCCGUGUUUGAGCAGUACCACUACCACACCAUCGCGGCCUCCGGCAGCGGCGAGUACGCGCUGCGCCACAUCCUGCAGCCCUUUGCCUGGCCGCGGGCGCCGCUGGAAGACCGCAUGCAGCAGCUGGAUGUGCCCGUCACCUUCAUCUACGGCGAGCACGACUGGAUGGAUGUCAAGGCGGCGCGGCGGCUGACGGCCGCCAUGGCGCAGCACCGCGGCCCCAAGUUCCCCGCCGACAUGCGGGUGCUGGUGACGCCCGACGCCGGCCACUACCCCGCCAUCGACCAGCCCGGGUCGGUGCUGCGCCAGCUGGCGGAGACGUGCGACGCCUACCUGCCGCCCGCGGCCAAGGAGGCGCUGCUGGCGGCGGCGCGGCGCCAGCCCUUUCACGGCGCGGUCAAGACCGAUGCCGCGGGGGCGGUGGAGGCCGAGAUGGCCAGCAACCCGCUGGAGGCUGCGGCGCACGAGGCCUCGGAGCUGUGA